UCUUUGUGCACACUCUUCAUUCACAUAAAUACAAAAUUUUACAAUAUUUUUUAAUAUUCGAUCAAUCUUUUCAAAAUUAUAGUAUUUUUAAAAAAAAAUUAAUAUGGUAUACUAUUUUGAGUCUAAUGUUGUUCAACCACCAGUAACACUUUUCAUGGGAUUUGAUAAAUAUGAAAAUGAGGACUUAAUUAAAUGGGGUUGGCCUGAGGAUGUGUGGUUUCAUGUUGAUAAAGUUUCUUCAGCUCAUGUGUAUUUAAGACUAAAACCUGGACAAACAAUAGAUGAUAUACCAACAUCUGUACUUGAAGAUGCUUGUCAGCUUGUUAAAGCAAAUAGCAUCAUGGGAAAUAAAAUGAAUGAUAUUGACAUUGUAUAUACGCCAUGGGCAAAUUUGAAGAAGACUGAUGCCAUGGAAGUGGGACAAGUAGCCUUCCAUAGAGAGAAAGAAGUCAGAAAAAUGAAAGUAGCGAAGCGUAAUAAUGCUGUUGUAAAUAGGCUUGAUAAAACAAAACGAGAAGGGCAUCCAGAUUUUCGUGCUGAACGGGAACAAAGAGAUAGAGAAGAAAGAGAAGACAAGAAAAAAUUGCUAAGAGAACAAAAAGAAAGAGAAAGGCUUGAACAAAAACGUAAAAAAGAAGAAGAAGAAUUAAGAAGUUACAGUACUCUAAUGCGACCUGAGAAUAUGACAACUGACGGCAAUGAUUCCGAUGAAUUUAUGUAGUUUCAAUUAAAAGUUAUGGUUUACUUUCAUUUAUUUGUAUAUAUUACAGUUUAAGUACAAUUCUUAAUAAAUAUAUCACGUGCAA